AUGAAGGACAUUCAAGAUAGACAUCGUACUCUUAAGGAAUCAUUCUCCUCCAACCCACGUUCGGUCCGGGAUUCCAAGGAUCUCCUUUCGAAAUUCAGGAAUGUGUUGUCCCAAUCGUUUGAACCAAUCGCAGCUGCAGUCAAGGCGGACUUUAACAAACCACAGCUGGAAUUCUAUGUUGCAGAAUUUGGACAAGCUAUUGCUGAAACGAAUAAUAUAAUCAACAACUUGGAAUCAAUGCUAUCAUCACCUUCCCCUAAAACUGUUCCGGUUACUUUUUCUACAAUGUUUAUGGAGGUUGAAAAAAUUGCAUUAGGUACUGUUUUAAUAAUAUCUCCAUUUAACUAUCCUUUGAUAUUGUCCAUAUCACCGUUGGUUGGUGCUAUUGCGGCAGGUAAUAAUGUGGUUUUAAAAUUACCCUACGAUCAAUUGCCCAACUUUUCUCGUGCACUGACUGAAGUUCUUGAAUCGGUCUUCCCACCAGAGGUGUUAUUAGUAGUUGGUGGUGGUGUUACAGAGUCGACAUAUCUUCUGAAUGAGUGUAAAUUCGACAAGAUAUUUUUUACUGGAUCCACAAAAGUUGGUAAAAUUGUAUAUGAGGCAGCAAGCAAAAAUCUAACGCCGGUGGUUUUGGAACUUGGUGGUAAAUCACCUGUGUUUAUUACAAAAAAUAUUGACCUAUCUUCAAUUGAUGCUUUGCUGGACCGCUUAUUGUGGGGAAAGUUUAGCAAUGCAGGCCAAACAUGUGUAGCACCAGAUUACGUCCUAGUUGACUCGGUUGUCUAUGAGAAAGUUAUGAAUCAUCUGCAAAAAGCAUUUGAAAAGUUUUCCAAGAUAGAUAAUAAAUCAGAUUACUCGCAUGUUGUCAACCAAAGAAACUUUGACAGGCUAAAUGGCCUAAUUGAAUCCACAAAAGGUGAUGUUAUUGGGGGUAGAACUGUCAAAGAGGAUUUAUUUAUAGCGCCUACGAUUGUUUCCAACAUAGACUGGAACGAUCCUUUAAUGUGUGAGGAAAUCUUUGGUCCUAUAUUACCAAUCAUCAAGUACGAUGGUAGCUUUCAAAGCAUAAUUAAAAAGGUAACUGAGAAUCAUGAUACGCCAUUGGCCGCUUAUUUGUUCUCAUCAUCAGAAGAAGAUUUGACCAUGCUCAGAAAGUAUCUGAGAUCAGGCUCUAUAUUGGUCAAUGAAACAUUAAUGUCUGCAGGAUGUUUUGUAACUCCCUUUGGUGGUAUUGGUUCCAGUGGCUUUGGUAAUUACCAUUCCAAGUGGAGUAUAGACACAUUCACUCAUGAACGUGCUGUAUUGAAACAGCCGCUGUGGGCAGAGUUUUUGCUAGCUGAGAGGUACUACCCAUACACUGAGAAAAAGUUAAGAAAACUUAUGCUGUUAUCAAAGAUCCCCGAAAUACCUUUCCAGUUGGUCAAAUCCAUUUUAUUUUAUUGUCUAGUUUUCAUUUGUGGAUAUUUCGUUGGUGGGGUUUGGAACAGUUUUUCUCGAUAA